AACGUCUUACAUUAUGGAACGAAAAGUAUAGAGUAUUACAUAUUUUUGACAGAUUUAAUGCAUCAAAUAUCAUGUGAAAUGAUCCAUCUACUCCCAGUACCCGAAUUUGGGAGGUUUGCCGUUUCAGCGUCCUUCCUCCCCACGUUACGCAGCGCCGCCGCCGCCGUGCCCGUGCCCGUGCCGGCGGUGUUUGCUUGCUCUGCUCUCCAUGCAACCAGGCAGAAAUCACUGAGCUCCUCCCCCGCCCGUGUUCGCGCCUGCAAUGCCAGCCUCGCCGUCCCCGCCCACUCGCUGCUUCUAUGCUCCACGCCGCACGGAGGCGGACACCGCCGCUCCCUGCCAGGCUCGCCGCCGCCUACUUCGCCGCCAAGCCCCAGCAGCCCGCCCUGUCGCCUCAGGUCGUCGAGGCCGCCAUCACCCGCUGUCCCUCCGACGCCCUCGCGCUCUCCUUCUUCCUCUGGUGCGCCCGCCGCCCCGCCUACUUCCACCCGCCCUCGUCCUUCGACCGCGUCCUCCCCGCCGCCACGCGCCUCGCCUCCCGCCUCGGCACCGCCCCCGCGCUCCUCUGCGACCUCCAGAGCCUCGGCUGCCCCAUCAGGCCACACACCUUCCUGCUCCUGCUCAGGCUCUACUGGCGCGGGGGCCUGUACCCGCUCGUGCUCCACCUGUUCGACCAAAUGCCCCGCUGGGGCUUCCACCACAACGCCUUCGCGCGCAAUGUCGUCCUCGACGUCCUGCUCAGGACCGGCUGCGUCGACGACGCGCUGCGCUUCGUGCAGGGCGACCCGUCGCCCAACUACCUCACCUAUGCCAUUGUCCUGACUCAUCUCUCCAGGGCUGGGGAUUGGUCGCGGUUGCGCGUCUGUUUCGCAGCUAUGCUGAGCCAAGGUUUUCUCCCCAGCGCCACUUCGUUCACCUCGGUGUUUGCCUGUUGCAGUAAGGCCGGCACCAUGGCCGAGCUACUGCAGUUGCUGUCGUAUGCGCUUGUCUCGGGCCAGCAGCUCACUUCGGCCAUGUGGACGUGUCUCAUCGCUCGUAUGUGCAGCGAGGGAAGGCUAGACGAGGCCUGUCAAACCCUGGGAAAUAUGGUACGUUCUGGCUCUUCUCCCACGGUGGUGACUUACACACCGCUUGUCAGAGGUCUCUUCCGAGCUGGGAGGCAUGACAUCGCCAGUGAGCUCUUGGGAUCCAUGGCAUCCAACGGUUGCACCCCAGACCUUGUUAUGUAUAAUGUUCUGAUGGACUGCAUGAUGAGGGAGAGGAGGUACGAUGAGGCAAUAGACAUCUACCUGCAUCUUCAUGGGAGCCAGAUAAAGCCGGAUGCAUACACUUUGUCUACUUUGGUUCAGGUAUUGCAGUUGUCACGGAACAUAGAUCUUCUCCCUAGGUUAAUCCUGGGCUUGGAUAUCUCUUAUGAUCUUGUGGCUUGCAAUUCGAUGCUGAGUGCUCUGUGCAAGUCCGGGUUUCCAUCCGAAGCCCUUCAGUUCUACAUCGAUAUGAUUGGUUUGGGCAUCAGGCCGGACAGCUACAGUUAUGUUGGAUUGUUGGAUAGUUUGUGUCACUUGGGAAGGAUAGAUCAUGCAGUCAACCUCUACCGGAGUGUUGUCACAAGCAAUCCUGAUUCAGACGCCUAUGUCCAUGCAGCCAUCCUCCGUGGCCUUGUUAGAAGGGGCCAGAACAUAAUGGCAUUUAGGAUUCUCAGGGAGGCUGUGCGUCAAAAUUAUGCACUUGAUGCCGUGUGCUACACCAUUGUUCUGCAUGGUCUAUUCCAAGGUCAUUUUGUUCAAGAGGCUCGUGAUUUGUUUGACAAGAUGAAGGAUUCAGGAGUUGCUUCCAACACUUGUACAUACAAUGUAAUGCUUCGUGGACUGUGUAGAGCCAGGGAUAUGCUUGCAGUCACGCAGUUACUAACAGAAAUGGAAGGCGCCAAUGUUCAGAUGGAUAGUAUCUCAUUCAACGUGGUAGUUGUGCUCUUGGUGAAAUUGCAGCGCAUCAGUUCGGCCACAGCUUUGAUCAGGGAAAUGCUCAAUCUAGGCAUGAAACUGAGCACCAAAACUUGCUGGUUACUUUCUCAAUCAAUUGGUCAUAGAUUCGUUUUGGAGGAUUCUAUCAGUGCUGAAAGUGAUGGGUCUGACUCAACAUGCGAUCUGCUUGUAUGCUCAGCUUCAUAGUCUACUUUUAGACGGAACAAGCAUGCUGUUUCUGGUAUCUCCACUUUGUGAUGUAAUUGAUACAAAAUAUAAAUUACUAAAGGCUGGAGAAAUUCUAAAUGCAUUUCUACCACGCAGAGAUCCUCGCUAUAACAUUUUCCCCUUGAAGCCCCCAGCAAAAAUUACCAUAAUUAUUGAAGAGAUGUUUACCUCGUAGGUGCAGGUUGGUGAGACAUGUGCAGUUUGAUCUAACACCGAGAAUGAGGCAGUUUGUUCUUGACAAUAUUGGAUCUUUCCAUGACACAAUGCUGAUGUACUCUGGCUUACACCUAAAUGAUUUAGCAAUGCCGCCCAUGGACUAGAUUUGAAAGAAAUUGCAGAGGGCCCAGGUCGUGCAGCGAAAACCAAGUCAACACCCCCAACAUACGGUGGGUAGCUUGGCGCAACAAACGUCCAGGCUCGUGGUCAAAGCAUCAACCAAAUGCGUCGUGCUCGCUACUCCGAGUCCUCACUGACAUCAUACACCCAUGCAAUCCAACCGCCAAAUUCCACACAUAGACAAAUACGUAGAAAAGAUUUCAUGUAUAAAUAGAUUCAUUUUAAAGCGCUGUACAUGCAAAUCAUGCAAUUUCAUGCCUCAUGUUUCUUU